AAAGAUAAUAUUCGUUGGAGAUAGUAAAAACUAAUUAAUGACUGUUGUCUGGUAAGACUAUGAAGAGGCCGCGGAAUGUUGACUGCGGAAAGAUUCGGCGUCCGCUGAAACGAAGUAAAAUAACAGAUGGUAUCUACGGAAGCACCUUUCUUUAUUUGAGGUUUCUCCUGGUGUGGGCACUUGUACUUAUGGCUGAUUUUAUAUUGGAAUUUAGAUUCGAAUACUUGUGGCCUUUUUGGUUACUGCUUCGGAGUGUCUAUGAUUCAUUCAAGUACCAAGGAUUGGCAUUCUCAGUCUUUUUUGUGUGCAUUGCAAUCACCUCUGAUGUCAUCUGCUACCUGUUUAUACCUGUACAAUGGCUGUUCUUUGCAGCGAGUACCUAUGUCUGGGUGCAAUAUGUUUGGCAUACAGAAAGAGGAAUUUGUCUUCCGACAGUUUCUUUAUGGUUGCUUUUUGUUUAUAUAGAAGCCUCCAUACGUCUUAGAGAAUUAAAAAGUUUACCUUUUAAUUUAGACCUAUGUAGGCCGUUUGCUUGUCAUUGCAUAGGGUAUCCAGUUGUUACAUUGGGCUUUGGCUUCAAAAGUUAUGUUUCUUAUAGACUCAGAUUAAGGAGACAAAAAGUUAUACAAAAAGAAAAUGAUUUUUAUCUUCAAAUUUUACAACAAGCACUACCUGCUGAAAUACAAUAUGCUGAUAGACCUAAAGCUUUACCUUCCAAGUCAGAAGAGGAAAUAAUCUCAAAUGGAGUUUCCAGUUCUACAGCUAAAAAAGUUUCAUCCAAAUUAGACGAGGAAAAAGACUCUACUUCUCCUCUUAAAAGCAAAUCCUCUAAAGGAGGGGACAUUAACGAGGAUGACGAGGUGGAAUAUAUUGAAAAAAGUCUGCCGCGGAAGCCAUCCAACGUCAAUCAAUUUGACGAAAGUCUGGACAAUUUUGCCAACGAGCAGCAAACAGUAAAAAGUUUUAAGUCAGGAAACAGCAACGUGGCUGCUGCCGUGGCAGUAGCUGCAGCUGCUGUGUCUAUUCCCACCUCAUCCAAUAAAUCAAGUAAUAAACAGCUGAACAGCAGUAAGGACAGUGGUAGUACAAACAUUGUGACAUCAUCUAACACAUCAUUAACACAGUCUUCUCUCUCUUCGUCCUCUUCUAAAAAAGGCAAAAACAUCUACAGAGAGCUCCAGCCUUCCUCGUCUCCCUUGACUUGUGUUAAUAAUAAUAAAGAUGAAGUUAUUCAAAGGUUAGAAUUAGAUGUGAAAAAAUUAAAAGCAGAUCUUCAAUCCAGCAGAAAUUCAGAGCAUGAACUAAGAUCUCAGAUUAGCAGUUCGUCAUCUGAAGAAAAGGCAAUGCGUUCUGAAUUGUAUCAACUUCAACAAGACAAUGAGAACUUGCAGAACAAGCUUCAUAAUUUAGUCACAUCAAGGCAGCAGGACAAACAGACCAUUGCCACUUUAGAGAAAAAAUUAACAGAAGAAAAAAAAAGUAAAGCAGCCUUGGAACAGCAGUUGGCCAACGAGAAGAAAAACAAAACAGCAGAAACAGCUAAGGCCCUGGCUAUGGCAACAGCAGCCAGAAAUGAGUGCACAGACACAUGUAAAGCUAGACGUAGAGAUUUUGACACAGAGAUGAAACAAUUACGGCGAGAUAAUAAACUACGCGAAGAACAGUAUCGACAACUGGAACGUGAAGUUCAGGCCCUGAGACAGUACAAAGAUGCCCAAAAAGAAACAGAAGUAUUGAUGAAAGCCUUGUCCACGAUGCAAGACAAAAACACAGAAUUGGAGAACAACCUUUGUGCAGAGACCCGCUUUAAACAAGAUCUGUUCUCGGCGUUAGGAAAAGAACGCAAUGAAAUUAAAAGCUUACAGAAUAUUGUCGCAGAGAAAGAUAGUGAAAUAUUAGAACUCAAGUCCAAGAUUGCUGAAGUCAUGGCCUUGAUUCCUAGCCCAGCCGUCACCAGCUACUCACAUCACUCCAAUGAGCGCAACUCCUCCCCUCUCUUCUCCUCCAACUUUAGCCCCGCCCAAGACAGAAGUGCCAUGUACAACGGCACAGACUUGGCCUCUUCUUCAGAACUCAACCCCAACGCUUCAGACUACAAACCCAAGUCAGCCAUCUGAACGGCUGGACACAGGGGAGCAUUGGAGAGCCAUUUCUGUUUCCUCGUUUGUUUUCUGUUUUGGUUGUCUCAACUCCUCCCCCACCCCCCCCCCCACCCCCACCUUAGCUUUUAACAAAAGUUUCGUUGAUUAUUUCUGUUUUACUUUGAAUGCUUUGCUUGGUGUACAGCUCUUAGUUCACAUUCACCAUACAUGCUCUCUUGAAGUCACACAAUUCAGCGUCAAGCCAGUCUUGUUAUUGGAGUGGAAGUUUCUAAAUAAAAGUAUUAAGGACUGCAUCAAUGAAAUAGGGCAUCGAUGAAAAAUGUUAACGACAGUCAAGGGCAUGAACUUUGUAUGGAAUGUAUGAAAGUUUUAGCACUAACCAAAACUUAGAAUAAGAUUCGGUGAGACUGACACAAAAGUAAUCUACUCAUUGUUUGGGUCUAGCAACCUAUAGCAAGAUUUGUCAGCAAAUAGUGUCUCUUUUAUCUCCUUAAAUCUUCACUGAGUUGUCCUUCCUAAGUUGAUCACAAGUUACCUUUCAUUGCUUUGAAUUUUUGAAAUGGAACUAUUUCCCAUUUAUUGUUUCAUCAAUGUCUGAGACAUGAAUCUAGUAAGAGCAGAAUGAUGGGAAAUCUAGGUUGUUUUUUUUUUAAAGUAUAGAAGGUUUUUUGUCCUUAGUGAAUUAUCAGCUUCUGUGCCAUAAAGCUUGUGUUAAUGUAUACAUCAUUUUCUUUUCUUGGCUUGUAUAAUUUUGUAUUUCUGUUGGAGGCCUCAGCAACUAGUACAGACUUGGAUUUGAACAGAAUCAAGUUGACCAUUAGCCUCGAAUAAUAAGUCAGUCUUGUUUUCAUGUUAUUAGAACUCUCAUUGUUACAGACUUAACAUAUUCGAUGACUUAGAGGUGAUCCAGUAUUCUUCGAGUCUACAGCAGACAGCUGUAUCAUUUAGUUGUGUUUGAUCUAUUGUAGUAUUUAUUAAAUAUCCACCGAGCCCUAAACUGUUGGACUUGUGGUGAUAACAUUAAACUAUAUAUAUAUAUAUAUAUCUCAUUGAACUAGACAUAACCACAUAUCGGGGUCCAUACUGUAUAGGUAUGGUCUGGCACAUGCUCUUCUUAAUGCUGUCCAUUCAUUCCUACUGUGCAGACUGUUUUGGCGUCAUGAUUCUCUCAAUGUAUGCAGAGGUUAUAGAUAGCAUUAUAAAAAAACUUGUUACCCACUUUUGAAUAGGACAUCAGGCUAGACAGUAGACUAUGUUCACUUGUUAAUUGUAUUGUGCACUGGCCUGUGACCAUUCACCUUAUCUCCCCUUGUUAUUGUCCAACUCCAUAUACGUUGAUGACAACAGCUGCGAAGCCACGAGCUGUUGUUUGUUUUUUUUUGCCCUGCGGCAACCAAAUCCCUGACAGAAACUGCUGAGUACAACUAGUCGUGGCAUUGCAUUACUAUCAUAGCACCAGCUCAACAUUUUCCAAAUCAUACUAUGAUAAGGUUUGAAUCUUUAUUUUAUAUUUACGUUUAAAUGGACUGGCUUAUCAUGUAGUGGUAACGUUAAAUAAAGGUCUUAAUAUUCUGUAGCUGUUCUGUGUGUACACACUACACAUUUAACAAGAUAAGUUCAUUGCUUCAGAAAGCAUUAUGGAGUCUGUUGAAAGUGUUUGUGUGUAUUUGAUGAGAUCAGAAAACAUCUCUUUCUGUUUUCAAGAUGUCAAAGAGCAGAUUUACUCUGACCUUAGGGACAUGUCUAGAUAACUAAGUCGUUAUGGAUACUAGAUAUCUUGGAGACUUUUUUUUUUUUUGUUUGGCCAUUGUGCUGGUAACUCAUUAAUAGUUGGUGACACCUUCCCAUAGACCUUCAACUAGGCAUUGCUAAUAAAAUCCUUUGGAUACCGGUUCACACAAGAUCUGGCUUAUUAUAAUGUAUUGAAAUAGACAUAUAGAUCACAAGCAGACUUCUUGUGUUUUAUUGGGUUUUUUUUUUUGUUUUGUUUUAUGUUGUAUCAUUUAGUUUUUGUCAGUUCUUGGGGUUACUUUUGCCACACAUUCUUUAAGUUUCAAACAUUUGACUGCUUUGAAUGAAUUGGUUUUCAUUAAGUGUAGAUCACCUCCCCUGCUCAGUGUCUUGACUAUUUGAUGAGAAAUAGUUGAUGUCUAUUCAUAUGGAGUGUGUUCUCUUUAAACUGUAAGUUCUCUCAUGUUUCUCUGUAAAGAGGUUUUAAAACAAAUACUCUCCCUUACUGAAUUCAGUGUAUUUGUGACGGAAACUUGAUUUCUUUAGGUAUGUGUGUAGAUUGUCAGUUGGAUAAGGACAGAGUUCUCACAAAGCCACAGCCUCUGUAUCUGACUCAAAACCACACAAGAACUGCCAUGUAUGUAUUUUAUUUCUGUCGCAAAGAGUGACUUGGGUUGAAAUGUGGAGCAACUCAGUUCAUGCUAUCACAAACAAAUGUUCAAUGUCUUGGUUUCAGAUAUGAACAUUCAGUUUCUGUUGAACUCGAGGUACCGUAUAGGAAAAACUAUCAGUGGGUGUUAGAAAGUACAGGAGAUUCACAUUAACAGUUAUUAAUAGCAUACAAUUCUUUCUUUCAAUUUUAAAGCAUUUGUUGAACUUAGUGCUUCAAAUCUACAACUUGACUCCACAAAACUGUAUUAGUACUGACCUUUUAUAGCCCCACCCCCACCCUUUUUUUUUUCCAAAGAUGUAUUGAAUAGUAUGUCUUCUUAAGUCAAGCUUUGUGUGUUAGUCCAACCUGUUGCUUUUGUUUAUUGCUAACAAGUGCUACAAUAAGUAGCUGACAGUACAUUGGAUGGCUCCCAAUGUUCUGUGACUUGGCUGAGACAUAUAAUGUACCAGGUAGAACAGCCUGUCUCUCUCUCUCUCUGUACAUGUAUAUUAAAUGUAACAACUAUGAACUGUAACUGGUUCAUGGUGGAAAUAAAACAACCUUCUGGUGCAGUACA